ACGCGACGGCCGCCGAGAUCCGCGCCGCCGCGUUCGACGAGGGAGCCGGGGCACGCAAGCUAGCCUACUGAGAGACUAAUUCGGAGAUGGGCGGGAUGCGGGCCAGCGGCGCGGCAUCGUCGUGGGUGGUGGGCGGACGCGCACCUCUACGGCAACCUGGACGGCGCCGUCAUCCCGGCGCUCCUCGACUCCCGCCUCGACGACGACAAGGUCGACGCGCUCAAGAACCUUUUCGCCCUCAUCUCUCAGGGCGUCUACGUCGCCCACCUCUCCCCGCAGGUCCGGCUAGCGUCCCUCUCCUCCCGUCUCGUCUCAUCUCACGCCGCGGAUUCCGGCAACUGAAUUGCGUGUGUGCUUGGAACUUGGCGGCGUCGUCGCUUGAGAUGAAGAAGCUCGUCUACCUGCUCUGGCUAGCGUUUCCCUCCUCUCGUCUCGUCUCGUCUCAUCUCAUCUCAUCUCAAGCAAUUACGUGCGUGCUUGCAAGAAGCUCGUCAAGAACGUGGCGGCGCAGUCGCUUGAAGAAGCUCGCUUCAUCUACCUCGACCUGCUCCAUUGCCAGAGGAUGUGGGACAACCUGCGGGUGUCCCACCUACAGGCUGAGUCUCUGAGCAAGCGAAGCCAGAUGUUAAGCUAGGCACAGGACAGUGACUUAAUUUGAUGACUGCUACUGCUGCACUGGUGUUCUCCGUCUCUGGUCACUGAUUUGUUCCGACGGAUACGUAAAGGAUGUGCCUCAAGGACCUUCCCUUCCACCAGCCUAUACCAUACCAACAUAGCGCCUUUUUUAGUAUUUUUUUAGAACUAUUACCUUUUUUAGUGUCUUUUUUAGUCGAUCGCUUGGACUUGGAGCUUGUAUCACGGUGCCGCGGAGGGUUAUGUUCCCCGAAUUGAGAUGUAAUACAAUAGCACAAUUGGACUGGCACAAUACAGUAGCGUCGCACAUGUCUUCCUGUUUUUUUUAAUCUGUUUUACAUGGUUUGUUUGCUUGUUCUUUUUCCAAUAUCUUUCCUCACUUAUUUUGUUUUCUUUUUUUAGUAACAAAUGUCUAGUUCUUUUCACACACUAUAUCUAUUUUUGUACACAUCAGGACCAUUAUUUAUACAAGUCUACCAUUUUUCAGAUA